CAGUGGGAGCUGGAUGGUGCGCCGUGGGUGGAUGUGGUUUUAGUCUCACUUGCAGUACAGAGGGUGAAUUAGAAACUGGUUAACAUGCAGAGUGUGUUAUAUAGUCAGCUGCCUCAGCAAGUGGCAAAGCUUGUCAAUAUCAAGCCUCAAAGGCCAAAGGAGGCGGAGGCGUUCGUGAAAGCAUUUCUGAAGCGCAGCCUGCCCAAGAAGAGUGAGGAGGACAUCCAAGAUAUCUUAACCCGGAAAGCUGUCGUCCUCGAGCACCUGCAUAAGAGGAAGAGACGGGAAAGAAAGACGAAAGGGAAGGGGCUUUCUGCCAAGCAGAGGAGGGAAAUGCGGCUCUUUGAAAUUAAACCAGAACAGCAGAGGUACGAGAUAUUCUUACCUCUGCAUGAACUGUGGAAGCAAUAUAUCCGGGACCUUUGCAACGGGCUCAAGCCGGACGCACAGCCACAGAUGAUUCAAACCAAACUACUAAAAGCUGAUCUGCAUGGAGCUCUUCUUACAGUGACAAAAUCAAAGUGUCCCUCCUAUGUUGGCCUUACGGGCAUCGUUGUUCAGGAAACGAAGCACGUUUUCAAAAUCAUCACGAAAGAAGACCGAUUGAAAGUUGUUCCCAAGUUUAACAAUGUCUUCAGCAUGGAAAUGGAUGGCUUCAUAUCCUAUAUCUUUGGCAGCAAGAUCCAGUUUAGAGCCAGUGAACGUUCCGCGAAGAAGUUUAAAGCAAGAGGAACUAUUGAUCUGUAACUAUUUUAGAAACUCAGAGGCCAGGUUACUGUUGAUGGGGGAUAAGAAGUGUUGAUUGCAGAAUAUGCAAGCUAACAACUGAAACUGGCCCUGACACCAAAUAGAUCUUUGGUCAUGUUUCAUGAACUAUGACCACAUCGUAUUCCUCGCGCACAUGAAUGUUUUGGUGUAUUUCAAGCAUCUGUUUUUACUUUUUUGUAAAGUAUUUAUGUUCAUAAAUUCUAUUUUUAAAUAAAACGAUUCCACUUUCUGAC